UUUUCUUUAUUUUCCAAAACUAUAAUAACAUUUAAAUAAUCAAAAGUACUCUCUUUUCGGACUAGUUAAAUUUAAAGAUCAAAAUUAAUUAGGUUAAAUUAUCAAUAUGCUGUGAAAAGACUGAUCUUGAGCUGCAGUAAAAGAACGCCAGAGAAAUGGCUCCGAAAUGCUACUGUCCAGUCACUCAUGUCAUCUUCGACUGCGAUGGAACCUUGAUGGAUACUGAGAAAAUAUACUUGCAAUCCAUGCAGGAUACAUUGGCUCCAUUUGGCUAUGGGUACACCAGGGAGAAUCAGACGCGCCAUAUGGGCAUGCCGGCAGUGGAUGCGUCUGCUGCCAUUGUAAAGGAAUUGAAUCUUCCAGUAAGACCCAGUGAAUUCUGUGCUUUGUUCGAGGCAAACACCUCAAAACGUAUGGCCCACUGUCCCCUGCUACCGGGGGUCCGGGAGUUUAUCCUCCAUCUGCAUGAGUUCCGAAUACCCUUUUGCAUCGCCACUAGUUCCAGCAGGAAAAUAUUCGAUAUAAAGGCACAGUCACAUAAGGAUAUCAUGCUGGCCUUUCAUCAUGUUGUGUGCGGAAAUGAUCCUGGCCUGAAGCCGGGCAGAGGAAAGCCAAUGCCAGACAUUUUCCUCUUGGCUGCCUCGCGCUUUAAUCCCCCAGCGGAACCCACGUCUUGUCUGGUCUUCGAGGAUUCUCCGAAUGGAUUGCUGGGCGGUAUAGCGGCUGGCAUGCAAGUGGUGAUGAUACCCGAGGAGCAUGUGUCCAAGGAGCAAAGAAAAGGCGCCACUUUGGUGCUCGACUCGAUGGCCGAGUUCAGGCCGCAGUUAUUCGGACUUCCAGCCUUUAGCAAAUGCUCCAAAUUCGAGUUUGGCUAACAUAGGAACCCCAAAUUUAUAUCUCAAAAUUAUGAAAUAUUUUUAAUAUAUUAAAUAAAUUCCCGUAAAUAUU